UCGUCUCACAUGGGACCAAUGGUCAGGCUAGGCUGUCCAAUCAUUGUGCUCCACUUCUUCACCAUCUUUGCACAAACAGCUAGUACUCAGGAUAUCCUGUAUCCAUAUGGACCCGGCCAUAGGGAUCUUGAGACCCCCAAGAUGGAUGAUGGGAGUUCUCCAGAAAUUAGCUUGCUCAUUCCCUUUGUCUUCUUCAACAUCCCCUACCGUUCCAUCUAUGUGAACAACAACGGUGUGAUCUCCUUCAACGUGCAGGUUAGCCAGUUCACACCAGAGGCUUUUCCGCUGAGCGAUAGCAGAUCAUUCAUUGCUCCACUUUGGGCAGAUGUGCACAACGGCAUCCGCGGAGAUGUCUAUUACAGAGAAUCCACUGAACGAGAAAUACUGGAAAGGGCAACGCAAGAUGUCCGGAAGUACUUCAAAAAUGUGCCCACCUUCACCGCUACCUGGGUCUUUAUUGCAACAUGGCACCAAGUCACCUUCUAUGGAGGAAGCCAGACAACCCCAGUGAACACAUUCCAAACGGUACUAAUCUCAGAUGGCGGAGCAUUCUUCACCAUGUUCAACUAUGGAGAAAUCGUAUGGAGCACAGGAACAGCCAGUGGUGGAGAUCCUUUAACAGGACUUGGUGGGACAACAGCUCAGUCAGGUUUUAAUGGUGGAGACAUUGGUCACUUCUUCAACCUGCCAGGAUCCCGGUCAAAUGAAGUAGUGAACAUUGAACAAUCAACCAAUGUAAACAUUCCUGGACGCUGGUUCUUCCGUGUUGACACUGAAUUGAUCGAUCCUGCCAAUGGCUGCAGCUACAAUGGGCGUUUCUACAGACGAGGGGAAAACUUCUGGUUGUCUGAUCAGUGCUUACAGCGAUGCCGCUGCCUCGACAUUGACAACGAGGUUCAGUGCCAAGAAGCUCCAUGCGGGCAGCUGGAGACCUGCGAGCAGCAGGAAGGGGCAUUUUACUGCCAGCCGACCCGCACCAGCACCUGUGUGGUAUUCGGCGACCCUCACUACCACACCUUCGAUGGCUUCCUCUAUCACUUCCAGGGUACCUGCUCCUACCUGCUGGCUCGACCCUGCUGGGAGGUGACAGGACUGCCCUUCUUCAGUGUGGAGGCAAAAAAUGAGAACAGGGGAAUUGCCUCUGUUUCCUGGCUCAGAGAUGUCACAGUGGAAGUCUAUGGUCACCGUGUCAUGUUACCCAAAGGCAGUUUGGGAACAGUCCAGGUGGAUGGCUUGACAAAAACUUUACCUGUCCAACUCCAGCUUGGUGCUAUCAGGGUGUAUCAAUCAGGCGUUGCAGUUGCUUUGGAAACAGAUUUUGGCCUCUUGGUAACGUACGAUGGCCAACAUUAUGCAUCCAUCUCCCUACCCAGCUCCUACUUCAACAACACUUGUGGCCUUUGUGGUAACUACAACGAUGACCCUGCGGAUGAUCCUGUACUUCCUGAUGGCUCUUUAGCAGAAAGCGUGGUGGAGUUGGGAGGCAGCUGGCGAGCGGAGGACACAGACUGGAGGUGCACAGAUGGCUGCACACAAAACUGCAGCGUGUGUGACCCUCUGACAGAAGCCUUCUAUUUUCGCCCAGACUACUGUGGGAUCAUCAACAAAACCGAUGGACCUUUCAGGGAUUGCCGAGCAGUAGUGGACCCCACAGCCUUCGUGUAUAGUUGUGUAUAUGACAUGUGCAGCAACAGGGAUAACAUCACCACACUCUGUCAGGCCAUCCAGGCAUAUGCUCUUGCCUGUCAGGCCCUAGGCGUAACGAUACGAUCCUGGAGAUCUCGAACCUUCUGCGCGUUGUCAUGUCCGCAGCACAGCCAUUACCAAGUGUGCACAAGUGCCUGCCCGGCCUCCUGUUCGGACCUCACCGCUCCCCUGUACUGUGCCCACCCUUGCACUGAGGGCUGCCAGUGUGAUGUAGGUUAUGUUCUCAGUGGCAGCCGCUGUGUACAGCGUGAGGACUGUGGCUGUGAGAGUAAUGGCCUCUAUUACCCCCUUAAUGAGACGUUCUGGGCAGGGCACAGUGGUGAAGAAGGUGAAUGUUUCCUCCACUGCACCUGUGGGCCUGCUGGGGAGGUCUCCUGCGCCAAUGCGUCCUGUAAGGAGGGUGAAGUAUGUGUGGCAGAAGUGGGCCGUCUGGGCUGCUACCCUCGGAGGGAGGGAGUGUGCGCAAUCACCGAGACCUCGGUGUCAUCCUCCUUUGAUGGCACCUUCUUGCUGUUCCCAGAUGACAGCUCCUAUUACCUUCUGAAGCUGUGUGGUGCAGUGCCAGCUAAUGGCUCCAUGGUGGAGGUGAAGAUAGGCAGGAAGCUGGUAAACAAAGGCCCCUCUUGGAAAAGACCUGUGGUAGUUACAGUGGCUAACCUUGAAGCUCAGAUCGGAGGGAUAGAUUUUGACACAGUAAAGGUGAAUGGUGAACAAGUUGCACUUCCUUACGUCCAUCCAAUGGAGACAAUGAUGAUCUACAGGGCGCCAGGCAAUGCCACAGUGGUGGAGGCACGUGGUCUUCUUCGUGUUCACUACAACCGCCAGGGAUACCUCAACAUCUCCCUCUCCACCAUAUUCUACAAUGUUACUUGUGGUCUAUGUGGUGUCUUCAAUAGCAAUGCCACUGACGAUCUCCGCCUCCCUAAUGGACGCCUGGCAGACUCUACUGAACAGUUCACAGACGGCUGGCGGGCCAUUGCUGAUGACCUCACCUGUAAUGGUGACUGUGAUGACCUGUAUCGCAUGUGCACAGACUUGCGUCUCUACCAGAGUCCUUGGAUGUGUGGCAACAUCAACGACCCUGGGAACAGUUCAUUUCUGGCGUGUCAUGCAGUGGUCAACCCGUCACCAUUCUUCAGGAACUGCUUAUAUAACAUGUGUGUAAAGGAGGGGAACCGUUCAGCUCUGUGUUCUUCACUGCAGGCUUAUUCCACUGCAUGUCAGGAUGCUCACAUAGGCCUCAGUUCCUGGAGGAGUGCUACCAAUUGUCCUCUUCCCUGUCCAGAGAACAGUCAUUUUGACGAGUGCACCAACGCCUGCCCUCUGACCUGUGCCAACUUGGAUGAACUUGAAGAGCCGUGUCCUCUGCCAUGCCAGGAGGGGUGUCAGUGUGAGGAAGGCUUUGCGCUGCGGGACGGCCUGUGUGUGGCACGCAGUGACUGUGGCUGCAUUAGCCACGGGCGCCAGCUGGCCACUAAUCAGACUUUCUGGACAGAUUGGGAAUGCCAGGAGCGCUGCUACUGCAAUGGCUCUGACAACAGUGUAUACUGUCAGCUCGCACCCUGUCACCCUGAGGAGUACUGCCAGGAGAACGACGGCCUUUAUUUCUGCCAGCCGCGCACUGAGGCCCUGUGUGUGGCGGCUGGUUAUGGACAUUUUCUGCCCUUUGGUGGUGUACCAUUUGAGCUGCAGAGCUCUUGUACUCUUAGGAUGGCCACCACCAACUGUGGAAGGGAGAACAUGGACCAUACUGCCGUCUCUGGAACUUUUCCCCAGUUCAAGUUGGCAGCUCGGAACGAGGAAAGGGACACAGGCUCGGCCAUUUGGGUGACGGGCUUCGUACUGGAGGUCUAUGAGUAUGAGAUUGAAGUCUCUCGAACCUACAAAAACACGGUUACGGUGAAUAUGGAGCGUUUGUACCUUCCUCUGAAGCUGGGCCCAGGAAAGGUCAGCGUCUUCAUCUUGGGCAAACAGCUCAUCCUGGAGACAGACUUUGGCUUGAAGGUGGCCUUUGACUGGAACACUCUCCUCCUGCUGACUUUGCCCCGAAACCUCUACAACGCCUCCUGUGGCCUCUGCCAGGGCAUGCCCUUAUCCCCCCCCACCCUCACCACCACUGACUGGGGCAUGGCGUGGGCAGAGAGGGACACCUUCUGCCAGGUGGGCUGUGGAGACUCGUGCCAGCGCUGUGGCCUGGGAGAGAAAAGUGUCCUAAACGACGCCCCACUCAUGGUGGCUAAUGCCAACAUGAACAUGGGCACAGACAAUGGGACAAAUGAAGUGAACACAGGCAUACGUUUCCACAUGGGAGAUGGACUGUAUGUGUUUGUGGAGCCUGAGGCAGUGAGGCUGUGUGGGCUAAUUGCGGAUCGAGGAGGUGCGUUUGCACGCUGUCACAGCAAGGUGGCGCCAGCCUUCUUUUAUCAAGGCUGCCUCCAGGACACCUGCAUGGACCAGGGGGCCAGGGAUACAAUAUGUAACUGGCUGCAGAUCUAUGCCAGCACCUGUCAGACCCAAGGAGUGCCUGUACCCGGCUGGAGGAGCGAUACACCAUGUGUCCAGAGCUGUCCGCCAAACAGCCAUUACUCCAGUUGCGUGUCGGUCUGCCCGCCCCAGUGCGCCCCCGCCCGUGGCCAGAGGGACUGCAGCCAGGAGUGUGUGGAGGGCUGCCAGUGCGACCAGGGCUACGUGCUCAACGGCAAGAGCUGCAUACUGUCUCAGAACUGUGGCUGCUACACCGAUGGCAAGUACUACGAGCCCAAGCAGCUGUUUUGGAAUAGCGACUGCACCAAACGCUGCCAGUGCAUCGGAAGAAACCUGAUCCAGUGCGACCCGAGGCGCUGUAAGGCGGAGGAAGAGUGCACCCUGCGGUACGGAGUUCGGGGCUGUUUUGCGCGCCGCUUGCAGCACUGCGUGGCCUCGGGCGGCGGGGUCUUCAGGACCUUCGAUGGGGCGUCGCUGCGACUCCCGGCCUCCUGCUCCUUCGUCCUGUCGACCAACUGUCACAAACUGCCCGACCUCUCCUUCCAGCUCAUCGCUAACUUCGAUAAGUGGAGCACACCCAACCUCACCACCAUCUCUCAUGUCUAUCUCUACAUCAAUGAGGAGAAUAUACUCGUGUCUGGCAGCACAAUCAAGGUCAAUGGUACACCGGUGUCGGUGCCAUUCCUCACAGGGCUGAUGACACGUCUGUCCACAUCUGAAGGCUUCAUCGUCAUCGACACACCGCAGGACAUCCAGGUUCGGUACAACCGCUUCAACACCCUGAGCAUCACGAUGGGCCAGCGGCUGCAGAACAAGGUGUGUGGCCUUUGUGGUAAUUUCAACGGAGACGCCAGCGACGACUACAUCACCUCGAGAGGCAAGCCGGCCGUCAGCGCCCUGGAGCUGGCCCAGAGCUGGAAGACCAACGGUAUGCAGAACAGUUGUGAUGAGACCCAGUACGUGGCUCUGGCCCAGUCAUGUGACAACACAGCGGUGCUGGCGCUGCAAGGUGAAGACGCCUGUCAGAAGCUCACCCAGGUGAAGGGCUUCUUCCAGCCGUGCCAUGGCUUGCUGGACCCCCGGCCCUUCUACCAGUCCUGUUACCUGGACGGCUGCUACAACCACCGCAAGGCUCAGGUGUGUGGCUCGCUGGCGGCCUACGCCGAGGCCUGCCGCUCCCUGGGCACCCUCACCACCAAGUGGAUCACCCAGGAGAACUGCUCAGAAUGGAUCUAUGACCCCUGUGCAGGAGAGAUCUGCACAAACUUCACCUGUGAGCUGGAGAACGGAGGCGACCUGUGCGGCUGUCCAGAGUUACCCACCAGCACUGGAGGUGAUGAUGACAUCAUACAGGCAGAGGUGAUGUGUAAACAUGCGCAGAUGGAGGUUUCCAUCUCCAAGUGUAAACUCUUCCAGCUGGGCUUCGAGCGAGAGGACGUGCGGGUCAACGACGAGCACUGCGCCGGCAUCGAGGGCGAGGACUUCAUCUCGUUCCGCAUCAACAACACGAAGGGACACUGCGGCUCCAUCGUGCAGUCGAACAGCACACACAUCAUGUACAAAAACACCGUCUGGAUAGAGAGUGUGAACAACACGGGGAACGUCAUCACCAGAGACAAAACCAUCAACGUGGAGUUUUCCUGCGCCUACGAACUGGACCUGAAGAUCUCCCUGGAGACCGUCCUCAAACCCAUGCUCAGUGUGAUUAACCUCACGUUACCAACCCAGGAGGGAAACUUCAUCACAAAGAUGGCUCUGUAUAAGAACGGCUCGUACCGCCAGCCGUACAGGGAGGGGGAGGUGGUGCUCAGCACGCGGGACGUCCUGUUCGUGGGCGUCUUCGUGGAGGGUGCCGAUGAGAACCAGCUCAUCCUCAUCGUGAACAUGUGCUGGGCCACGCCGUCACGCUACAGCAGCGACCGCCUCCGCUACAUCAUCAUAGAGAGGGGGUGUCCAAACAUUAAGGACAACACCAUCGGCAUGGCAGAGAACGGCGUCUCGCUCACCUGCCGCUUCCACGUCACCGUCUUCAAGUUCAUCGGGGAUUACGACGAGGUCCACCUCCACUGCGACGUCUCGCUCUGCGACUCGGACACAAACGCCUGCAAAGUGAACUGUCCACACAAGAGGAGGAUGUACUCAGAGGACCAGAACCAUCAAGAGCACAUACUGAGUGUGGGACCCAUAAGAAGGAGAGAAUCCGACUGGUGCGAGUACCACAACGGAGGCUGUGAGCAGAUCUGCUCCAGUAAAGGAACCGGACCAGUGUGCAGCUGUGUGACUGGGAUGCUGCAACGGGACGGGAGAAGCUGCCGGACCGUGAGCUCGAGCUGUACCGUUCCACCUGCGGUUCCUCUGCUGGUCGCCGGCGCUGUGAUCUCCGUGUUCCUGGCUCGCACUCAGACGCCUCUUCUCUCCUAACACCCCGAGAGCCGAGGACGACGCCAACAGACGACGCGGAUCAAACUCAUGUUCAAUUCAACCAGAAUUAUUGUAAAAAAUGUAACUUUGCAAUCAAACAUUUAUUUGACAUUUUCAUUUUUAGAUUGGUCCAUGUCCCGUUCACUAACAUGGAGGAGGGGUUUAUGAAUUUUACUGCAGCCAGCCA